GCCGGAGGGCGCCGGCAGCCAGCCCGUCUGCGGGGACAGACAGAUUUGUGCAGAGUCUCCAUCUUUUCGUUUGAACUUCCUGUCAGGAUGUUUUUCUGUGGCAGGCAGUGUGGCCAUGCUGGCAGACCCGAAGAACUUCUACUGCUGUUCAAGAUAUUUCUUACCGUCAUCUGUCUUCAUGUUGUUCUGGUUACAUCCCUGGAAGAGAAUGCCGAUAAUUCCAGUUUGUUAUCACCAUCUGCUGAAUCAUCUCUUGUUGGUUUUGUCCCCUACUCCAAUGAGGUUGAAACUACAAGCCUGAAUGAUGCUACUUCGAGUGUAUUAUCCACUUUAAACAAAACAGAAAAAACUAAAAUCACUAUAGUAAAAACCUUCAAUGCAUCAGGAGUCAAACCCCAGGGAAAUGUCUGCAAUUUGUCAUCUAUUUGCAGUGACUCAGCAUUUUUUAGAGGUGAGAUAAUGUUUCAAUAUGAAGAAAGCAGUGUUACUCAGAAUCAAAAUCUGGCUAAUGGCACCUUAUCUGGAGUCCUGUCUCUAAGUGAACUCAAGCGAUCAGAGCUAAACAAAACCCUGCAAACCUUAAGUGAGACUUAUUUUAUAGUGUGUGCUACAGCAGAGGCCCAAAGCACAUUAAAUUGUACAUUCACAAUAAAAAUGAAUAAAACAAUGAACAUAUGUGCUGUAAUGGUGGCUUUGAAAAGAGUAAAGAUUCGACCGAUGGAACAGUGCUGCUGUUCUGUCAGGAUACCCUGCCCUUCCUCCCCGGAAGAGUUAGAAAAGCUGCAAUGUGACCCGCAGGAUCCUGUUGUAUGUCUUGCUGGUCAUCCAGAUGGCCCACCGAUUUCUUCUUCUAGCGGUUCCACCCCAGCUGCUCCUCAGGCCACCAUUCUGGCCCAGGCCUCCGGUGCCUUCUCUUCUGCUGAACCUCUCAGCCAUCCACCUGUAACCCAGAACCCCGCCUCUCCAACACGAGCGAUUCACCUUCCUUCUCCCCAGCCGACAGCUCUCAUUGCUUCCAGCCCUACCAUUGAUACGCCCCCCAAAUCUGGAACUGUCUCUUCCCCUCUGCCCCAGACUGAUCUUUCCCACACCCUGCCACCCGUGAAAUCCUCACUUUCCUCCCCCACCACGUCUGUCCCUGUGAAUGUCAUCACGACCAACACACCUCCUGACGAGACAGAAAUUGUUUACACCAGCAGCAGCAGCAGUGAUUCUGAUCUUGAGAACCAAGUGUCCCAGAUGGAGAAGGCUCUGUCCUUGGGCAGCUUGGAGCCUAACCUCGCGGGAGAAAUGAUAAACCAUGUCAGCAAACUCCUUCAUUCCCCACCUGCCUUGCUGGCUCCUCUGGCCCAAAGAUUGCUAAAAAUAGUGGAUGACAUUGGCUUACAGCUGAAUUUUUCAACCAAGACCAUAACUCUAACCUCCCCUUCUUUGGCUCUGGCCGUGAUCAGAGUGAAUGCUAGUAAUUUCGACACAACUACCUUUGCUGCCCAAGACCCUGCAAAUCUUCAGGUUUCUCUGGAACCUCAGGCUCCUGAGAACAGUAUUGGCAUUAUUACUCUGCCUUCAUCACUGAUGAGUAAUUUACCAGCUCAUGAUGUGGAGCUGGCUUCCAGGGUUCAGUUCAACUUCUUUGAAACGCCUGCCCUGUUUCAGGACCCUGCCCUGGAGAACCUUUCUCUGAUCAGCUACGUCAUAUCAUCCAGUGUUGCAAACCUGACGGUCAACAACUUGACAAGAAAUGUGACGGUCACAUUAAAGCACAUCAAUCCAAGCCAGGAUGACUUAACAGUGAGAUGUGUAUUUUGGGACUUGCACAGAAAUGGUGGCAGAGGAGGCUGGUCGUCCGAUGGCUGCUCUGUUAAAGACAGGAAACCGAAUGAAACCGUCUGUACCUGCAGCCACCUUACAAGCUUUGGCGUCCUGCUGGACCUAUCUCGAACAUCCUUGCCACCCACUCAGAUGAUGGCUCUGACGUUUAUCACAUAUAUUGGUUGUGGGCUCUCGUCGAUUUUUCUGUCAGUUACUCUUGUAACCUACUUAGCCUUUGAAAAGAUUCGGAGGGAUUACCCUUCCAAAAUCCUCCUCCAGCUGUGUUCAGCCCUGCUCCUGCUGAACCUGGUGUUCCUCCUGGACUCGUGGGUUGCUCUGUAUGACGUGCGAGGCCUCUGCAUCUCAGUGGCCGUAUUUCUGCAUUAUUUUCUCUUGGUCUCAUUCACAUGGAUGGGCCUGGAAGCAUUCCAUAUGUACCUGGCCCUCGUGAAAGUGUUUAAUACUUACAUCCGGAAAUACAUCCUUAAAUUCUGCAUUGUCGGUUGGGGGGUACCGGCUGUGGUUGUGAUCGUCGUCCUGGCUAUAUCUCCAAAUAACUAUGGCCUUGGAUCCUAUGGGAAAUUCCCUAAUGGCUCACCGGAUGACUUCUGCUGGAUCAACAGCAAUGCUGUAUUCUAUAUUACAGUUGUGGGAUAUUUCUGUGUGAUAUUCUUGCUGAACAUCAGCAUGUUCAUUGUGGUCCUGGUUCAGCUCUGUCGAAUUAAAAAGAAGAAACAACUUGGAGCCCAGCGAAAAACCAGUAUUCAGGACCUGAGGAGCGUUGCCGGCCUCACGUUUUUGCUGGGCAUUACUUGGGGUUUUGCCUUCUUUGCCUGGGGACCAGUUAACGUCACCUUCAUGUAUCUCUUUGCAAUCUUUAACACCCUACAAGGAUUUUUCAUAUUCAUCUUUUACUGUGUAGCGAAAGAGAACGUCAGAAAGCAAUGGAGGCGGUAUCUUUGUUGUGGAAAGUUACGGCUGGCUGAAAAUUCUGAUUGGAGUAAAACUGCUACUAAUGGUUUAAAGAAGCAGACCGUAAACCAAGGAGUGUCCAGCUCUUCAAAUUCCUUACAGUCAAACAGUAACUCCACACACUCCACCACGCUGCUGGUGAAUAGCGAUUGCUCGGGACUUGUGAGCGGGAACGGGAAUGCGUCUUCAGAGAAGAACGGGGUUUCUUUCAGUGUUCAGAACGGAGAUGUGUGCCUUCAUGAUUUCACUGGAAAGCAGCACAUGUUUAACGAGAAAGAAGAUCCGUGCAAUGGGAAAAGCCGUAUCGCUCUCAGAAGGACUUCAAAGCGGGGAAGCUUACACUUUAUUGAGUAAAUGUGAUUCCUUUUCCUAAAAUCAAAGCAUGAUGCUUGACAGUGUGAAAUGUCCAAUUUUAUCUUUUACACAAUGUGAGAUGUAUGAAAAUCAACUAAUUUUAUACUCGGCAACCUCUGGAGGAGCAUUUGCUAAUUGAAGGGCGAUGGUUAUUGGAAGAGGAAGCCAAGAGGUUUUAGACAUGGUUUUUAGACAUUUGCAGUUUGUUUUUUUAUCCUUCCUUUUAAGAGGAGAUUAGGUUUAAACAACACAGUAAGAGUAAGAAAGACUUCUUGAAAAUCAAAGUAGUUCAUUUCCAGCCAGUUUAGAGGCGAAGUCAUCUUUGAUAACGUCCCAGAAAGCAACUGUUGACUUCAGCCUGUUGGUGAGUUGAGUUGUGCAUGCAUUUGUUGUAAAUAAGCUGAAUUCUAGUGACCCACAUGUCAGAUAUCUUCCACGUCUUUUGUAUUUAUUUUCUACCGUGUAAAUGUAUUUCUUUGUAGAAUCGUGGUUGUGUUCUUGUGUCUAAUGUGAUAAUUCAGAAAAUCCUUGAUGGUUCAGUGAAUUCUAAAGCUCCUUUUGGAGAUUAUAUGGGAUGUGAAAUACAGAAGCCUCACUGAAAUCAAGAAAUUAAUGAUGCCAGCCAGACUGGACAAAAUGUAAGCAGACAGUGCCACAAUUAGCUCAUAUAGUGCCUUUGAGCGAGUUGGAAAAAGGUGCCCCCACUGGGCAGACACAGCCCCAAGGGCUCAUGGCUUGGCAUACUGAGUGGGGGCCAUGCUUUAGCCUCACUCAUCCUCUUGGGUGCACCCUUGUGCAGGAUACCAUCUGUACACCCACACGCGGCACCCAAUACCAACACCCGUCUCCUGACCUCAUGCCUAAUCACCAGAUUAGGGAAUCUGCACCAAGACGUUUAGCUUAGCACCUUGGCCACAGAGAGGGAUGGAACUGUAAUCUAGACCAUCUGUCAGGAAAAUUGUGACUGUGGAAGAGAUACAUACACUGCCACUUCUCAAAUCCCCAGAGCCUUUCAGAAAAGGGGAGUAGAGUAGGAUUACUUUUUAAGGGAGGUGUGUAUGGGGGAAAAUAAUCAUAUUGCUGCUCUUUAAAAGGCAACUGCGUACUGUAUCUUAU